AUGUCGACAGCAUUUUUAGUGGAUAAUAUUUUAAAUGAGGACAAGGAUGAACAAAUGGAUUCAACAGGCUCAAUAUCUGAAUCCGAUGACAGUGACUCUGAUCACAAUUCAGAUUUAAAAGAUUCACUUUGUGACUCGCCUAAAAGUUAUAACAGUAUGAAUCACCAAAAUUCGCCAUUAUCCGAAGAUGAAUUGAUAAGAAGUUACACAGUGACAACAGAUAAUGUUGAAAAUGAAUUUAAUUGUGUCAAAUGUGGACAUUUUAAUGAGAAUUUAAAAAUUAAUAAUGAUAAUAUUGAUGAGAAAUGUGAAAAAUGUGGAUUUAUUAAUGAUUUAUAUCAACAUACUAAGGAUACACACAUUAAAGAAUUGCCAAGUAAACCUGUACUUAAGUUUAGUGUUUCAGCAAUUUUAAGUGAUACGAAAAGGGAUUGUGUAAAAGUUAGAAAUGAAUUUAUUCAACCGCAAAAUCUUUGGCCUUAUAUUCAACAAAAUUUAAUACAACAAAGUCAUUUAGCAAAUCCAGCAUUUAUCACCAAUCACCAUCCGCAUCAUUUACAUCAUCAUCAUCAGAAUUCAAAUAAUCUUUCGCCACAUGUGAAUGGCCUCAAUGGCAAUGGAAAUGAAUCAAAUGUUCUAACAUGCAAUAAUAACAAUAACAAUAAUAAUAGUAGUAGUCCUGAACAUCAAACGAACGAUAGUCGUGAUAAUAAAGUUAUAGCAAAACCACUACCUAGUCGUCCUUUUAUACAUCAUGGAAUUAAUCAUCCACACUUGCACUCGUUAUUGGCGCACUGCAGGAAUCCGUACAUAACAGGAGCUGGUCCACAGGUUUUCCCUCUCCCACCAGGACAAGGAUUUCCAUGGGCGCAUUCAACAAGAGGAAAGCCUCGACGGGGUAUGAUGAGAAGAGCUGUAUUUUCAGAUUCACAACGAAAGGGUUUAGAGAAACGCUUUCAAAUACAAAAGUACAUCAGCAAGCCUGACAGGAAGAAAUUAGCGGAACGAUUAGGGUUGAAGGAUUCUCAGGUUAAAAUAUGGUUCCAAAACAGACGUAUGAAAUGGCGCAAUUCAAAAGAACGAGAAUUAUUAGCAAGUGGAGGUUCCCGCGAUCAAACAUUACCGAACAAAAACAAUCCCAAUCCAGACUUAUCAGAUGCCAAAUGUGACCGACAACAAUCAUUAACACCGCCAUCAUCAUCACCAUCAAGUCUCGAACAACAAGGACAACAGCAGUCACAGCACAUAAGCAUUCAAUCACCAUCAAGUCAAUCGCCAAACAAGUCAUCGCCAAUUGAUCAAAAGUUUAUGGUUCUAUCUAAAAAACCAGCUGAUUUUAAAUUUGAAUCUGAAGAGAUGAGCUCACGAUCAGGACAUCCACCGCACAUAGGUCAAUUAUUCAAUAAUUUCUACGAUAAUCACUCAUCUGAUGGCAGCGUUAAGACAUACAGCAAUCAAAGCAGUUCAAUGUACUAUGAUGAUUAUGACUCAAAUUCAGAUGGUAGUGAGGAAAUUAAUGUUACGUGACUGCCUGGUAUGGACAGCGAUGAAUAAGUAGCAUUUACAAAAUAAUUAUUAAUAAAUAUAAUCGAUUUUACGGAAAGAUGUAAAAUUAAUUAAAAAGUAAGUUUUGUGGUUUAAAUUACUUGAAAUUAAGUUUAAGUAUACGAGUUAUAAAG